CCAAACAAAAUCGCACGCAAAACGGAGCCAAAUUUGAGUGACCAAAGGCCAAUGCAGCAGCAGCAGCAGCAAGGGCAGUGAGUGAGUGAGCUGCGAGCUCCCUCCCGAUCUGGCAUGGCCGCGGAGAGCUGCCACUCCCGCAGCCUCUCCUGGCUCGUCAAGUCCUGCAUCCCAGCCGAUCCCGCCCGCCACAUCGCCGUCCCCGUCCCCAUCACCACCACCGGUGUCACUAACCCCUGCUCCACCGACCCAACAACGGAGGAGUCCCCCAUCUCCGCGCUCCCCGACGAGCUCCUCCUCGAGUGCCUCGCCCGCGUCCCCCGCGCCUCCCUGCCGCCGCUCCCCGCCGUCUGCCGCCGCUUCGAGUCCCUCCUCGCCGCCGAGGCCUUUCUCUUCCUCCGCCGUGCUCACGGCCGCCUCUGCCCCUCCCUCCUCGCCGUCUCUGUCUCCGCUCACGGCACCAACUUCGCCCGAGCGCUGCUCCAGUUCAACCACGAGGCCCGGCCGGAGCUCGAGGUCGCCGCACUGCCCGUGCCUUUGUCACUGCUGCAUUGCGGCGGCGGAUCCGCGUUCGCGCACGCGCGCGCGGUCGCGGUGGGCCGCGAGGUCUUCCUCAUCGGCCGCGGCACCACGCUGCGGGUGGACGCGCUCACCGGCGUGGUUCGCGCGUGCGCGCCCACGCUGUUCCCGCGGAAAAAGUUCGCGGCCGCGGCCGUGGGCGGGCGGAUCUACGUCGCCGGCGGGUCGGCUAGGACCGCGGCGGUGGAGGAGUACGACCCCGCGGCCGACGCGUGGCGCGUGGUUGCGGAGGCGCCGCGGUGGAGGUACGGGUGCGCCGGCGCGGGAGCCGGUGGCGUGUUCUACAUCGCCGGCGGGGUCGCGGUGACCGGGCCCGGCCGUGACGGCACGCGUGCGCUUGAAGCGCACGCGUGCGCGGGGUCGGUGGACGCGCUGCACGUCGCGUCCGGCGCGUGGGCGUGGGCGCGGCCGCGGGCGGUGCCCGGCGGCGGCUGCGUCGUGGGCGCGUGCGGCGCCGGGGAGCACCUCUACGUGGUGGCGAGCCACGCGGUGGACCUCUCCUUCUGGCGUUGGUGCGGCAGCGGCGUGAACCGAGGAGGCGGCGACGGCAGCAGAGGCGCCUGCGGGUGGGUGGCGCUGGAGGCGCCGCCCGUGCCCAGGGGGUCGGUGGGGCUGGGCAUGGCGGUGCGCGUGGCGAUGGCCGGCGUGGGCGGCGACAGGGUGGUGGCGGUGGUGAACGUGGCGGCCGUGAGGGGCCACAAUGCGGGGGCCACCGCCCUGGAAGGGGUGGUGCUGGUGUACAACAUCGCCGGUGGCGAGUGGAGCCGCGCGCCAGACAUGCCGCCCGGGUUCCGGCGGGCCGCGUGCGCCGCCGUCGAGUGCUGACGUAGGCAUCGUGAGGGUCCCACGGUUGUGUGAAACUUUACUAGUUGGUUGGAUUGAUGCGAAGUGAAGCAACAUCGUGGGGUUGUUCGUUGAACAAUUGAUUGAUUGAUUGAUGCUGCAUUUUCUCAUGUUCCUCUUUGUUUGUUUGGAAUACAACUGCCAAGCACUGCAGUGGCGCUCUGUUUUUUC